AUGAAUGGAAUACUAGCACGAGUUGAAAACAUUGAAAGAAUCCAAGAGAAACUUGUAGAGAUUCAACGAGAAAUGUUUAAAGAAACAAAAAUGUUCCAAGUUGAGUCCAGGGAACAGAUGUCUAAGAUAAUGAAUAUGAUGGUUACUAUACUAUAUGGGGAGAAAAUGUUAGAAGACCCUAUUGAGCAGGAAAGGAUAAAAGCCAUGGAAGAAAAUGUGAAUGGAAAUACUACGAUAAUGAAUGACCAAGAACCUGUUAGGGAAUUUAGAAAUCUAACUCAGCUUCAAGGAUUGGGAAAUAUGACAGAGGACAUGGAAAUUGAAUUUAGUUCAAAGAAAAGAAACAUGAAAGAGGACCAAUUCCCAUUAAAAAAGGCUAAAAAUUCAGGGAAGGAAAAGAUGAUGAUGAAAUUUGACCAAAAAGUUACUCAGGAGAAAGUAGAGAUUUUUGAAUCUGAAGCAAACUUUUGCCAUGAGUAUCCUAUUUUAGUUGUCAAUUUUUAUGUUCCUUGGUGCUACUGGAGUACUCGCCUGAAACCGUCAUGGGAGAAAACUGCCAGCAUAAUAAAGGAGAGAUAUGAUCCAGAAUCAGAUGGGCGUAUUCUUUUGGCCAAGGUUGAUUGCACUGUAGAAGCUGACUUGUGUAAGAGGCACCAUAUUCAAGGGUAUCCAUCCAUUCGUAUUUUUCGUAAAGGCAGUGAUCUGAGGGAGGAUCAUGGACAUCAUGAACAUGAAUCUUAUUAUGGAGAUCGUGAUACGGAAACUCUGGUUAAGGCGAUGGAAGAUUUGGCUGCUUCUGUCCCACAGGAGAAUCAAAGGCUGGCUUUAGAGGAUAAAUCCAAUCUAACUAAACUACCAGCACCAUUGACUGGAGGAUGCAGAAUUGAAGGAUACGUGCGUGUAAAUAAGGUUCCUGGCAACCUUAUCAUCUCUGCUCGUUCACGCAUCCAUUCUUUUGAUUCUUCUAAAAUGAACAUGUCUCAUGUCAUAAGCCAUCUUUCGUUUGGUAAAACAAUUUCGCCUUGGUUACUGAGUGACGCAAAGCGAUUAAUGCCUCAUCUUGGUAGAAGCCAUGACAGGUUGAAUGGUCAGUCAUUUAUUAAUCAUCGGGAAUUAGAUGAAAAUUUUAUUGUGGAGCAUUACCUUCAAAUAGUCAAAACAGAGGUGGUCACAAGAAAAUCAUCUCGGCAGCAUAAGUUGAUACAGGAAUACGAGUACACCGCACACAGUAGUCUAUCACAGAGCAUUUACAUACCUGUUGUGAAAUUUCAUUUCAAGUUAUCUCCAAUGCAGGUUUUGAUAACGGAAGACCCAAAAUCGUUUUCUCACUUCCUCACUAAUGUGUGCGCUAUAAUAGGAGGUGUUUUCACGGUAGCUGGGAUUUUGGAUUCAAUAUUCCACAAUACAAUUAGGCUGAUGAAAAAGGUAGAAAUAGGCAAAAACUUUUGAUAGAGAAAACAAGGAAAUGUUAUU